AUGCCAGAUGCCCCUUAUACGGCCACCGUGGCCUUCCUCGAGACGCUCUCGUUAGCGGGCAUCGAUACAGUCUUCGUCAACCCGGGUUCUGACCAUCCGUCUUUCCUUGAGGCUAUGGCCGCUGCCAAUGCUGGACACGGGCGUAAGGAUGGACCGCCGCUACCCAAGUUUAUCUCGGUUACGCAUGAGAUGGUUGCUCUCUCUGCCGCCCAGGGAUACUACCAAGCGACUGGGAGGAUGGCAGCUUGCAUCCUCCAUGUUGAUUGCGGACUCCUCAAUGCUGGUGGUGCCAUCCAUAAUCUUGCGCGCUCGCGGUGUCCCGUCCUUGUCUUCUCGGGAAUGUCGUCACUUACUCUCGAGGGCGAGCUCACCGGGUCGCGCACAGAGUUUAUCAAUUGGGUCCAGGACGUUCAUGACAUGCCUGGCAUUGUGCGCAACUAUAGCAAGUACAGCUAUGAGUUCCGCACGGGACGAAAUGUCUCUCAGGUCACCAUGCGUGCCAUUCAACUGGCCAUGAGCGAGCCGCGCGGACCGGUCUACCUGUUUGGCGCUCGCGAGGUUCUGGAGGAAACGAUUCCUGUGCCUGAGACAGAGCUCCAGCUCGACCACUGGUCACCGGUCCAGUCCAGCGGCCUCGUCCCCGGACAGGUGUCUGAGAUCGUUGAGCAGCUCAUCCAAGCGCAGUCGCCACUCGUAAUCACCUCCUGGGUGGGGAACGACUGUCGGGCGUCGGCAGGGUUGCUGGCCAUGUGCGAGACCUUGUCCAUCCCAAUCCUUGACUCGGCGCCAUUUGCCCUCAACUGCCCCGCCGAGCACCCCCUGUACCUUGGUUCCCACUGGUCGGGUAUGGGUCAGCAUUCAGCCCUCGCCAAUGCAGAUCUUGUGGUCAUUGUCGACUCUGAUGUGCCGUACAUUCCCAUCGGAAAUCGCCCUAACGCCAAUGCCACCAUCAUCCACAUCGAUUGCGACCCGCUCAAGAAUGCCAUGCCACUCUUCUACGUGCCCGCCAAGUACAAGUACCGUGUCAAGAGUGCGGUGGCGUUUGAACAGAUCAACCAGGCCCUGGCCGCUAGGGCAUCUAAUACCGAGCUCAAGGCUCGGUCGGCGCAGAGGAAAACUGCUGUUGAGGAGCUUACCGCAAACCGAAGGCAGGCCCUCGACAAGGCGCGUACCCCGUCGGGCACUGGAAAUGCCGACAUUUCGGCGGUCGGUCUGUACGCCCUAGGCAAGCUCCUACCGAGAAACACGUUUGUGCUUUCUGAGGCAAUCUCAAACUAUGCACCUGUCAUCGACCACCUGGGUAUCACCGAGUCACAACGCUUCUGUACUUCUGGAGCCAGCUCGCUGGGAUGGCAUGGCGGCGCUGCCGUCGGAGCCAAGAUUGGUCUCCAAUCAAAGGCCAAGGUCGUCAGUGGACCCGGUCUUGACGCCGAUACGUUCGUGUGUGCUGUCACUGGCGACGGGUCGUUCAUGUUUUCUGUCCCCAGUACAGUCCAUCAUUUCUCGUCCAAGAACAAGGCGCCAUUCCUCACCAUCGUCCUGUCCAAUGGCGGGUGGAAGUCGCCCAAGUUGUCAGCCGAGCUGGUGCAUCCCAACGGCUUUGCAGCACAGGCAACGGCCUCACAAGUCGGCGUCAGCUUCGGCGACACUCUGGAUGACAGGCCUGAUUACAGCAGCAUUGCGGUUGCCGCAGCAGGCGGACCGAACCGCGCCUUCGGUGCACGUGUGGUUUGUGGUUCCCCGGAUAUGGAGGCGGUCUUCAAGCAGGCCAUCGAGGCCGUGCGGUCAGGAAAGAGUGCGGUGGUUGAACUGCUCCUCCCUCAGAUCUGA